AGGAUUGUUUGUAUGGCACGCGUAAUUAUUUUACAUACCCCGAAGCUCACAUUCUCGACUUGAAUAUUGCUUGCGGCUAUGAUAUCUGAAAUAAUUCAUAUUUUGUCUUGCGAUUUGUAAAAAAAAAGAAUUCGGUAUCUUUGCGCCGAGAUGAAGAGCCUGUCUACGUUUGCAUGUACAGUCCUCUGCACACUACUCGGUUAUCAUGUUUUCCGUAUCUUGUAUAGAAAUCGCCUUGCACGAUCCAAUGGUCAUCUUCCUCCUAGAAAGUACCCUCAUAUCGACCCUUUCCUUGGUCUUGAUAUAUUCAUCAAAACAGGAAAGCUUCUCAAGGAGCAUCGCAUGCUUCCGGAAAUUGCUCAACGCUUUGCUGACCAUGGACGCACUUUCCAAACGAAAAAUUUAGGAAGAACCCAGAUAAACUCGAUCCAACCUGAGAACAUACAUACCGUGUUCUCAUCUCGAAGCAUAGAAUGGGGCGUACAACCCAUUAGGCUUGUGGCGCAAGAGCCGUUUUGCGGACGCGGAUUCAUCACUACUGAUGGUGAUGAAUGGGCACAUGCAAAGUCACUGCUUAAGCCGGGAUUCCAACGGUCCUAUAUUUCUAAUUUGACAUCGCUCGAAGAGCAUUUCCAAGUUAUGCUGUCCCGUAUACCGAAAGAUGAAUCUCCGGUAGAUCUCUUACCCCUUUUCGCGGAUCUCUACCUAGAUAUGGCUACGGUUUUUCUGUUUGGUGAGUCCAUUGGUGCACUCUCUCAGAAUGUCCCUCCCCAUGCUUUGGGCGUGUUGGCAGCUUUUGACUAUGCAAUGCGUGGAUGCGGUAUUCGCAUUGUGUUGGGACCAUUAAGAUUCCUCUACCGCGACCCCAAAUGGUCCGAGGCUUGCCAGAAAGUUCGUGAAUUUGCAGAUUACUACGUUGAAAGAGCUUUAGAAUAUCGACAUCAAUAUCUUGUGGGAGAUAACUCGAAGAUUCCCAAUUUACCAAAUCGAACCUUGCUUCAGAGCAUGGCAGAACAAACAGGUGAUCGCGAAGAUCUGCGUUGGCAAAUAAUGCAAGCACAUAUGGCAGCCCAAGAAACCACUGGCAAUCUGUUGGCAAAUGUUUUCUUCCUUCUCUCUCGCCAUCCAGAAGUAUGGCAUAAGUUACAGCAAGAGGUGGAUGCUAUUGGAGAUUCCGAGUUAAACUGGGAUUGUAUCUCCAGACUGAAGUAUGCCCGUAUGGUUAUCAAUGAGGCACUGAGACUGUAUCCUAUUCUACCAAACAUCUUCCGAACAGCUCUGAAAUCAACGUCAUUGCCAACUGGCGGUGGACCAGACGGCAUGUCUCCCGUCUAUAUCCCAAAGGGUACAAUGUUCAGCACCUCAUCGUAUGCAAUUCACCGCGAUCCUAUAAUAUGGGGGGCGGAUGCCGCAGAGUUCAAACCAGAGCGUUGGGACAAUAAUUUCAAGCCUGGUCCAGGGGAGUACAUUCCAUUUGGUGCCGGGCCGAGAGUCUGUAUGGGUCAGCAAAAAGCGCUUAUUGAAGCCGGAUAUAUUGUUGUUAGAAUGGUACAAGAAUUUUCUGCUGUUGGAAGCCACGAUGAUCAAGAAUGGAUGGGUCAGCUGCAAUUGACAGCGAAAAAUGCUCAUGGUUGUGUUGUUUCACUCAAAGCUAGACCUAACUAAAUGUAUGGUCUCUUGUCCCAACUAAAGUUCGGGGUUUAGAUAACUCUCAUUUCUAUUGGAUAUAUCCGGUUGCUUAAUCUUUAUUCUACGAGGUUACCGCUUCCCAUUGCAGUCCUAUCUGAGGGUCGUUUGCUCCAAUUUUCUUGUAAGAAGAUGAAGGCCAUUAGUUGGGCUUCAUAUGCAUGCACUGUUUGAUUUCACCUCUAGACCAGGGUCGAUAAAUAGAAUGGAGCCACGAGCUCAGAGUUUGACACUCGGUCUUACAUCUUGCAUGAUAAUAUUUGGGGACUUCGAAGAUAUUCGUUGAUUUGCGCCUCCGGCCUUGUGUCUGUCGGUCGGUGAUUUCGCUUGGAACAGCUUUCACAUGAAGGUUGGGUCGAGGAAUGGUAAGAGCUAGUGGAUACUUGAUGGAUUGAUAAGAUCCUACCCCAUAAAAUGGCAUGCAGUAGUGUAUACGCACAAACAGAGAGAUCACUUUCUCAGGGCGGCGGGUGGCUUGUCAGGAUUUACAUUCCGCAUCUAGGAGGUGAAUUCCGCGCAACCCAUGACCCUGGUUGUGAUUAUUAGCGUAUUUUACCUUGUAGAUACAUAGUAAAACGCUCUAAGUACCAAUAUUGUAA